GUAUGGGUGAUGUGAACCACCCAUGGCCAGCCACCUCGUGGCCAGUCAGGCCAAGAUCACGGCCGUCUCCCAAGCGAAGCAACCGAGGGAGUUGUCUGUAGUGAUGCAGUGAUUCACUGAAUCAAUGAAUGGAAUCAAUUCAUUGAUUGACUGACAUGCAAGCAAGCACACACUUAUGUGUCUCGACUGAUGGAAUGGCAAAGUGUUUUGUGCUCGCGUCUUUUCUUCGCACAAGCACUUCACUGCAAAUGCGUCGCAUUCGGAUCAAGAGGGCCUGUAAGGGCUCAAGGCUUGCCUGACGCUGGCAAGAAGUCUGUUUUAUCAUGAGAAAAAGUCCAUUGCACGUGAUAAGGAAUUCCAAGUGUAUGGAUGGAUACAUGGAUGAGAAUCGAUGGGUUCGUAUGGGAAGAAGACGUUGAUGAGGGCGCCCUUGCGUGAUGUGAUGCAUGCUGUCUGUCAAUGCCAUGGUCAAGAAAUGGCCAUCUCUCCUGUUCGCUAGAUAAAGGAGACACUGUAUGGCCCUUCAGGAUUCUUUUCCGCCUGUGCUCUUUGUUACCAUGACGAAGGACAGCGGACCACAAGUGAGGGAGGCAGGGUGCGAAAAGGAAUACAAAGGUCAACAAUGGGUGUUUGUCACUUCGAGGAGGCCAAGCAGGAGGCCAUCGCACACCGGCAGGCCAUGGAGAGGCUGCACUACACAUUUGUCGACAAGGGGGCAGAGUCUGAGCAGCCCGCUGUAGACGAUGAGGAGGGGAGUGAGGAAGAAGAGGAGGAGGGGAGUGAGUGAGGGUUGUUUAUUGUAGCCCAUGAUGGUGUUAGAG